GUACUUAAUUACAUAAAAGAAUGAAUAGUAAACUAAAAAUUCACAUAAAUAUUGAUUGCUGGAUAGAGAAGAAUUUACUGAACUAAAUAGUGUAAGAAUUCAAAAGGAAUAGACUUUGUAUCUCUGAUAACUUUAAAAAAAUAAAACAUUUAGCAGUGUCUUUAAAAAAAAGUUUAUUUUGCAAAAUAAAAGGUAAAACCUAAGGGAAAUGUUGCCACAUAUACCACAUAGGUAAUAUCUGAGUCUGUAAAGAGCCCGUGUAAAUUCAGUUGGUUUAUUAAAUUCCCAUUUCCCAUUUGGUCAGUUUACAGAUGAUACCAUUUAGUUCACAGCAGAACUAAUGGUCCUGUGUUGUAGGUUAAAAGAGAAACAUACCCCAGUGCCUUAUUUAGAUGAGCAGCUAAUGGCCCUUCAUUCCCUAUAACUGUCACUUUGUUUUACAUUAUGUUGUGUCCAUUUCUCUCCUUUUCCUUCUCAGCUCUGACUUCCUCCCUCUUCCUUUUGAUGGGUUCUCUUCCUCUUUUGUGCCUUACUAAAUUUAACAGAGGUUUUUCCCCCUUACUCUCUCCCCCGCCUCUUCUGAUUUAGAUUUCCUUCCUCUUGCUUUUAUUUUGCAAGAGUUUUAUCUUACACAGUUGGAGGCAGUCCUUGAACCUGGGAGUCUUCGUAGCCCCUCUUCUCUAGUGCCUGUUUUUCUUUGGAAUUAUUUAUGGAAUUAGAACACCAUAGGAAGUGUUUAAAAAACCUCUUUUUGUGUGAGUGUGGUAGAGUUACUGAAACAUAACUGGAUGUAAGGAACUAAAACUUGUUUCUAAAUGAAUAAUUCACAGAAGCAUGGAAUUAUGGUUAUAGAGGAGGAAUAAUUGCAGUAUGUUAAUUAGGGAAUCUUCAUGCUGCCUGAUUGCUCCUUGGUCUUAGGUAGUACUCCUUCUAGGUUCUUCUGCCUUUAACCAAAUUGUAGUUAUGCAAAACUCCAUCGCUUUUGUCUGGCAGGUCCUCUCAGUAACUGUAACACAACACACUACAGCAGUCUUCAGACUUAGAGAGCAUAAGAAAUACCUGUGGGAACUUGGUAAAAAUGUCCUAGUCUUUGGAAAUUAGUAUUGAGUAGAUCUUGAGUAGACCAUUUAAAACUGACUUUAAAAGAAACACCCCAGGUAAUUUUGAUGCAAGUCAUUAAUUAGCAGACCACAAUUAGAAAAUCAUUGCUGGCAGUAUCAUGGCCAAAUUCUUUGGUAGGGCUUAUAAUUUUGCCCCUACCUUCUCUCCAGCCCCAUUUUCCAUAGGUCUACACCACACAUGUUGCAGAGGUGCUUACACUUCAUAGGCUUUUGGUGAUUUAAGAUACCAUGGACCCAAGCACAUGUGGGUUGGGCCCACACCCUGCGAGGGCAGUGGUAAAUCACUGCUGCAUUUUUCCCUCAAUCUUAUCUUUCUUACCUAAAAACCCUAUAGUGAGACAGCUCACUCCUUCACAGGGUCACCAGGAGUCAGAGCCCAUUUGAUGGCAUGUACCACCAUACAACCAGUGCUUCAGAAAUAUGGAGCAGCUGUCAGAUGAAGAGAUCGACCAUGGUGCCGAAGAAGAUAGUGACAAAGAAGAUCAAGACCUGGACAAAAUGUUUGGAGCUUGGCUGGGGGAGCUAGACAAACUCACUCAGAGUUUGGAUUCUGACAAGCCGAUGGAACCAGUAAAAAGAUCUCCUCUUCGCCAGGAAACAAACAUUGCCAAUUUUUCUUAUCGCUUCUCCAUAUACAACUUGAAUGAAGCUCUGAAUCAGGGAGAAACCGUGGAUCUGGAUGCCCUAAUGGCCGAUCUUUGCUCUAUAGAGCAGGAGCUCAGCAGUAUCAGUGCAGGAAAUAGUAAGCGUCAAACCACAGAAACAAAAGCCACUCAGAAAGUACCUCCUAGCCGACAUAUAUCGAAACAUGGCACCUUGAAAGGACUGUCUUCAUCAACUAAUAGGAUAACAAAACCAUCACAUGCCAACUACUCCCUGGAUGACAUUACUGCACAGUUAGAGCAGGCCUCCUUGAGCAUGGAUGAGGCUGCUCAGCAGUCUGUACUAGAAGAUGCUAAGCCCUUAGUAACUAAUCAGCACAGAAGAACGGCAUCGGCAGGCACAGUGAGUGAUGCUGAAGUACGCUCGAUUAGUAACUCCUCUCGCUCUAGCGUCACUUCUGCAGCUUCCAGCAUGGACUCUUUGGAUAUUGACAAAGUAACACGCCCUCAAGAACUGGAUUUGACACAUCAGGGGCAGCCAAUUACUGAGCAUGCUAUUUCUCUGAGAUGUCCCAGCAAGCAGGCCAAGCAUCAUAUUGACUUCACAGAAGAACAGGCUGAGCUGACACCUCACUCCUAUCUGGACAGGGAAACCUCCCUUCUUCUGAGAAACAUUGCAGGAAAACCUUCUCAUUUGCUGACCAAGGAAGAACAAGCUGCAAAAUUGAAAGCUGAGAAGAUCAGAAUUGCCCUGGAGAAAAUUAAAGAGGCACAAGUGAAAAAGCUGGUGAUUAGAGUCCACAUGUCUGAUGAUAGCUCUAAAACAAUGAUGGUGGAUGAGAGGCAGACAGUGAGACAAGUGCUGGACAACCUGAUGGACAAAUCCCACUGCGGUUACAGUUCAGACUGGUCACUGGUGGAAACCAUCUCUGAGUUACAGAUGGAGAGAAUCUUUGAAGACCAUGAAAACUUGGUUGAAAAUCUUCUUAAUUGGACAAGAGAUAGUCAAAACAAGCUUAUAUUUAUGGAGCGUAUAGAAAAAUAUGCACUUUUCAAAAACCCACAGAACUAUCUUCUGGGGAAAAAGGAAACCGCUGAGAUGGCUGACAGAAAUAAAGAAGUGCUGUUGGAGGAAUGUUUUUGUGGAAGUUCUGUAACUGUACCAGAAAUUGAAGGAGUCCUUUGGUUGAAAGAUGAUGGCAAGAAGUCCUGGAAAAAACGUUAUUUUCUCUUACGAGCGUCUGGUAUUUACUAUGUCCCUAAAGGAAAAGCAAAGGUCUCUCGGGAGCUGGUCUGCUUUCUCCAGCUGGAUCAUGUGAAUGUUUAUUACGGACAGGACUAUCGGAACAAAUACAAAGCCCCCACAGACUACUGUCUGGUGCUAAAGCACCCACAGAUCCAGAAGAAAUCUCAGUACAUCAAGUAUCUUUGUUGUGAUGAUGUGAGGACCCUGCACCAGUGGAUCAAUGGUAUACGCAUCGCCAAGUAUGGGAAGCAGCUCUACGUGAACUAUCAAGAAGCCUUGAAGAGGACAGAGUCUGCUUAUGAUUGGACUUCCUUAUCCAGCUCCAGCAUUAAGUCAGGAUCCAGUUCUUCCAGCAUCCCAGAGUCUCAGUCAAACCACUCGAAUCAGUCUGACAGCGGAGUGUCCGACACCCAGCCGGCAGGGCACGCCCGCUCCCAGAGCAUCGUGAGCUCCAUCUUCUCUGAAGCCUGGAAGCGAGGCACUCAGCUGGAGGAGUGCAGCAAGGCCAGAAUGGACUCUCUGAAUCGAUCCUACACCUCACUUAUGCCCCCUUUAUCCCCACAACCUAAAUUAGUCAGUCCCUACACUGCCUCCCAGCCCUCGCCUCCUCUACCGCCCCCGCCCCCACCCCCUCCUCCGCCACCCCCUCCUCCGCCCCCACCUCCCCCUCCCCUGCCCAGCCAGUCUGCACCUUCUGGGGGCUCAGCAGCCACAAUGUUUGUCAAGUACAGCACGAUAACCAGGCUGCAAAACGCUUCUCAGCAUUCAGGACCCCUAUUUAAACCUCCACCACCCUCAGUGAUGCAGCCUCUGUCUACGACCUCACAGCCAGCAAAGCCUCAGGUCCCCGUGCCCCCCAAUGGAGUGGUGCCCCCACCCCCUCCCCCACCUCCCGCCCCCACUCCUGGCUCAGCUAUGGCCCAGCUAAAACCUGCACCUUGCACCCAGUCCCUUCCACAGUUCAGUCCCCCUCCUCCCCCACUGAAAAUUCAUCAUGUUCAGCAUGUUAUUCAAGCAGCUCCUCCAACACCCCCACCCCCUCCCCCUGUCCCUCCCCAAGCCCCUCCCAAACCUCUUGUGACCAUGCCAACCAGCACCAAAACUGUGCCUGCCAUUGGGACACAGGCUGUGCCACCUACACCUAUUCCUCCAGUCCCCCCAGCAAAAAAGCAGCCGGCUUUUCCUCCCAUUCCACCUUCCCCCGCUGCUCCUCCUGGUCCAGUCCCCCCACCCACGUUACCUAAGCAUCAGAGUUUCAGCGUCAAGCCACCUCCCUCUCCUCUAUCUCCAGUGCCCUCGGUAGUGAAGCAGAUAGCCAGCCAGUUCCCCCCACCUCCAACCCCUCCUCCUGUGGAGUCACAGCCCUUAAAGCCAGUCACAGCAAAUGUAGCCCCGCAGUCCCCUCCUGCUGUGAAAGCAAAACCCAAGUGGCAGCCCAGCUCCAUCCCCGUCCCUUCUCCAGAUUUCCCUCCCCCUCCCCCUGAAAGCAGCCUGGCCUUUCCUCCUCCUCCUCCUCCUCCUCCACCGCCGCCUGUCCCAGCCCCGCCACCGCUGCCAGCCACUCCCACAGCUUCUCCUGCCCCUGACAGAAGUGGCUCUCCAGGCAAAAAGACGAGUAAGACAGCCAGCCCCGGGGGGAAGAAACCUCCCCCGACCCCACAGCGCAACUCCAGCAUCAAGUCCAGCAGUUGUGCGGAGCACCCUGAGCCUAAGAGGCCCUCGGUGGACAGCCUGGUCAGCAAGUUCGCGGCGCCAGCCGAACCCUCUGGGUCUCCGAACAAGGAGACCGCACCACCUCCUGCAGCGCCCCCCAAACCUGGAAAACUAAACCUUUCUGGAGUUAACCUUCCUGGAGUUCUCCAACAGGGGGGCGUGGCAGCAAAAGCAUCUGUCCUGAGUGGGCGUGGAAAGGACUCCGUGGCAGAAUUUCCUUCUCCUCCAUCGGACUCGGACUUUCCACCCCCUCCACCUGAAAUAGAGCUUCCUCCGCCCCCCGUAGAGAUCCCAGCAGCGUUCUUGGGAAACGUUUCUCCGAAAGUGGCAGUUGUCAGUCCUCAGCCACAGCAGUGGUCCAGAACAUCCGUGAAGAAGGCCCCUCCGCCCACACGCCCCAAACGGAAUGACAGCACGCGCCUCACUCAGGCGGAGGCCUCUGAGCAGCCAGCCGCACCCACAGUUGUGCCACAAGUGCCCACCUCUCCCAAGACCAGCCUUAGUGUCCAGCCCGGGUUCCUGGCAGACCUCAACAGGACACUGCAGCGGAAGUCCAUCACCCGGCAUGGCUCGCUCUCCUCCUCCCGCAUGUCCAGAGCAGAACCCACAGCCACCAUGGAUGACAUGGCAUUGCCCCCGCCGCCCCCCGAAUUGCUCUCUGAUCAACAGAAAGCUGGUUAUGGAGGAAGUCAUAUAUCGGGCUACGCGACGUUACGGAGAGGACCUCCCCCGGCUCCUCCCAAGAGAGACCAGAACACCAAGCUCUCAAGAGACUGGUAGUUAACAUAGGACUUUAUUUUUGUGGUAUCUGUGAUGAGUUCUACAAUCAGCUCACCUGAUCAUCCCCGAAUUCAGGUGUUCAGAGCCUUCUGGUAUGUUAUUCAGGUAGUGUCCAGCUGUGUGUGUGUGUGUGUACACGUGUACACAGUUAUAUUGUGUAUAUGUAUAUAUGUAUACAUGUAUGUGUGUAUGUACAUAUAUAACUGGGAAUGAUUGUUUAUUCCUUAUUUCUUCUAGUCUGAAAGUGGAUUCUGUGUAUUUUGGGCAGAAGAGGCACAGGAGGGGGCGUGUCCUGUCCCUCAUGAUACCUGGUAUCUGUCAUGUGGGUUGGACCCAAACAACUUCUGAUGACGUAGUUAGAAGGUAUUUUAGUACAGUCUCCAGAUGCGGCCUCUCUGUGCAUGUUGUGUGUUAUAUAUUAAGGAGUAGAUGUCUGAUGGCUGUUUCUCAGUUUGAGAAGACAACCGGAAUGUUUGGUGUCAUCUGUAGGGCUUGUGUUUCUUACCCCAGUCGGCUGAAGUCAGAGCUGUUUGACACUUCAUUACUGUACGUGAAGGAGCACUUUAAUCAGGAAAGUCUCUCAGCUUCACUGAAUGGGUGAAUAGGGCGCUAGGGGGAGUUUCAGACACUGUCUGCACGCAGUUUUGUGUCUGAGGUCAACCGACAGCAUCACGCUGGCUGCAGUGACCACCUGUAUCUAGGGCGCGCUGCCCCAGGUAAGCUCUUUGCCUACAAUACGUGGACAAUUUAGUACUAUAACCUUGGAUGGUUCUUUUAAUCCUGCUGGAAUCUUUCCAUGGGCUUUGUGAAGCUUCAUCAACCUUGGCUUCACAGUCCUUGCUUUGACUUUAAGAGAAUAUCCAACACAGUAUCCUGGAAUGUUUAGUCCCAGUAUGUUUUUGGGUCACGAGUUACCUUCUUUUAAGUGUGUGCUUUAGGUAGAUGUUGAUCCUAGGUAUCUAGACAGUUGCUAUAUCAAACAUACCCGUCCUGUUGUCUAAUAAGCUGCAUCAUUAUGAAAAACAAAGUCCCCUUCUGAAAUGUCUUCGUGUCUUCAUCUCUGGGAGGUUGGAGUGACUACAAAAGUGACCAAAGUGGCCCCUGUGCAGGUGUCAUUCAUCAGGUUGCAUGUGGACUGUACCGUGUAAUACCAACAACUUCCUUUCGGCGCAGGGCUGUCACAGAGGGGAGAACAAAGGAGGUUCUGGCGCGGCAGCACGCUCGGGUCCUCGGUCCUUGCAGCCUGCUUGUGGGGCCCGGUCUGGGGGUCUGGGAGCGUGGUGCGGUCCAAGGACAGUGAGUGGCAUCACAUGUUGUGCACGUGCAGUUUGGCAUCACAUGAAAUCAUCACGCUAUUGGCACAGUUGCCCCACACUGCAAUUAAUAUGUUUUUUCCCUGUAAAUUUUCCUUUAUUACUGAAAUAAUGUGAUGAUAAACUGACCAUUAGGAAUAAAAUGCAGUCUCAGAGCUGCUCUUAAAUGAAACAAAAGAAAACAAGCCAUCCCAAGAGUGAUAAAUGAGCACAUCUUAUAAUGAAAGUCUCUGCCUGUGGAGACUGAGGAUUCCCAGUGCAGACUGCAGACGUCUGUGACGCUGCCCCACAGGAGAAGAUGUGAGGUGUGCGCCUGAUGUCCACGUAACCGACUCUCCAACAGCGUCGCAUCCCAGAAAGAAGAGGCGCAUUGCUCAGUGUACUCGUGCGGUUGUAGAGCAGUAGGAACACACAUACCAUGGUGCAUUUUUGUAAAGCCCUGCUUCUUUAAAAGAUAACUUUUUGGAUCUUUUCAGUUGUCCACAAGGUUUGUGUGCAUUGAUAUGCUUAUGAGGUGGCCUUGAACACAUCUGCAUUGUUAAUUUAAGCACACGCAGCAAUCUGUGUAACAUAUAGGUACAGGUUGCCAAGCUCCAGUGUGAAUUAUGAGUGAAGUGAUCAUCCCACAGUCUCUGCCUAGUUUUACAUUCCAAGAAUCGCCCUUAUUUGUGAGGCAAAGAGUUGAGAAUAUGAAUCCAGUGAUACAUCUGUCACUAGGGUUUUUUGUUGUGAUGGUUGUCUCUUUUUACAACUUCAUCUUUAAAUCACCUACCCUCAACCUUCCUUCACCCAUGAUUUGAACCCGAAGAUACAGCCUGGUUUUUCAGUGUGGGCUUUCCUGGGACUUCUGGCUGUGUCCGUCCUGAGGACAGCCACCCUGGACUGGCGCUUCUGAAGGAGCAGACAUCUUUUAGAGCAACACUAGGGACACCAAGAAGAGAGCUGGCUCCGAGAAGGAGCUCACAUUUUAACCCAGCCCACUGGCUUGUCUGACAACAGUUGUUUUUGGAAAAGGCUGUUAAUCGAUUUUUAUUUUAUGUGUAAAACAACUAAAUUUUUUUUAAAAGAAUGAUACUUUAAAUUAUGACACCCUAGUGGGUUUUUGUUGGCAUGUAGCUUAGUGGGGCUUGGGGAGGUGGCUUUUUUUUGUUUUUUUUGAGAUUACUCGUUUUUGUAAUUGUUCCUUUCCCCUGGUGUGUUAAUGGUGAGCACCGACUGCCAGAUGACACCAGCUCUGUGCCUUCUCCACUGCCUUCUGCUGAGCAGCUCUAAGUCAACCGAGCAUCUUCAAGUCGAAGAACACCUGGACUGUUGACUUGGCUGUACUGACAAGUGCACGGCGUGGAGGCGCACAUCCUGCUGUCCGGGGCGGUGUGGACAGGUGCCUGUCGGAGCUAGUGACACCCUGAUCCAUGGAUGAUUGCCAAGUUGGUCACCCUCUGCCUAAAGGAAGUUCUGGCACCAACCGGGAAGGUCAGCAACAAGUACGUCAGGUUUAUAGGUAUAUAUAUUAUAUAUAAACGUCAGGCUAUUCUCUAUUGAAAUUUUAUCAGCUUUGCUUUUACUACUUGAAUAAAUACAUGCAUUUUUUUCCCUUGGUUACUGUAACUCUCACUUGGGAAAAGUAAAUAUUCUUAAGGUCUUUACCUUAAAUUUUUAAAAUUUGAGACUUUUUAAAAUGAGAAAGAUUGUGGACUCCUGAAAGUUAUAGGACACCAUUUUCAUUAGAUUUCAAACCAAGUAAUGCAGACAUGGUGUUUUCCAGUCCUCUGAAAUCACGGUGCUCUGGCCACUGAUGGCAUCUUCUGCUAAGGGCUGUGAACUCUUUGAGAAAUCCCUUCUCCCUGUAAGUUGAAUUGCCACUGAAAAGAAUGCUGAGUUUAUCCAGAAAGUUUAAACAAAGUUAGGGGAUUGUGAAUGAUUCUAGUAGAGUGACAACUCAGAUCAAGGUUAAUAGGAGCUGUGCAUCCAAUUAAGAGUUUCAAAAGCUGCUAUUCUGGGAAAAUAUAGUUGUUAAUAAGCUUGUGUCAAAAAUGUAAAGCUGUAAAUUAGCAUGAGAAGAAUUGUCAGGUAAUGCUGUGGACUGGUUUCAUUUGACUGUCAGGUCUCCAGUGGAACCUUGUGUCACCUUUUCCCUCUGCUGCUAAAAGCAAUUUUGUGUUAUUCCAAACACAAGGUAAUUUUAAACAAAACUGUUUUCCUAGUUUUAGAUAUUACCAAAUGUUUUAAUAUGAAGAGCUAACAAAUUAUAACUAAUGUCAUCUCACAUAUUUUAUUCAAGCAUAGACCAAUUAAACCUAAAUGACCCAGACUUGCUUUCAAUGAAGUAGGAGUAAUAAUUUGGGUUUAUACACUUGAUAAGAGGAUUCUGUCUCUUUACUAAAAAUCACUUUAGGUUGUAAGUCCCUUUUGGCACUUUGAGUUUUAUUUUAUAUACUUUACAUCAUGUGUAUAAAGCAGGAUAUCCCUAAUCCUGCAAGAAUACAUGACACUCAAAGUUGAGAUUUGAUCCACAGAGAGAUGCAAGUAGAGCAGAAUAAAAUACCCCACUACCUUUUAACAUUUAUUUUCCUUUAAAAAUCAAGAGAACAGCAUUUCUACACCUUACCAGUCUGUCCCCCAAACUACACAAGUGCUCUGUUAUUGUUAUACCCUUGGAAGGUCUAUAUUGUGUGUAAAAGAAAU